AUGGACGCCGCGCCCGCCCUCCUCGGUGCCCCGCAGGCCGAGGUGCUGGAGGACGUGCUGCGGGAGCAGUUCGGGCCGCUGCCCCAGCUGGCCGCCAUCUGCCGGCUCAAGCGGCUGCCCUCGGGCGGCUACUCGUCGACCGAGGACCUCCAGCUGGUGCUGGAGCGGCGGCGCGUGGCCAACGCCAAGGAGCGGGAGCGGAUAAAAAAUCUCAACCGUGGUUUUGCCAAACUGAAGGCACUGGUGCCGUUUCUUCCCCAAAGCAGGAAGCCUAGCAAGGUUGAUAUCCUUAAAGGUGCAGUUGAAUACAUCCAAGUUCUCAGUGAUGUUUUGGAAGGAGCCAAAGACUCGGAGAAACAACACCCGGAUCAUCAGAACUAUAGCAGCAAUACUUCUGAACCACAGAUAUCCUCGGCUGGAGAGCUAUCGAGAAACAUCACCCAACACGCCAGCUGUGUUGUGGGCUUGAAGAACAAGGAGGAAGGGCCCUGGGCAGAUGGUGGCAGUGGAUAAAUUCCCAGAAGUAGAACUCAUGAAACACAAGCUUCCUCAAGUAUGAAAAGUGAAAAGGCGGGUCCAGGGCUACCUUCUUGAGACAAAUAAA